CGCCCCGCCCCCCUGGACCGGAAGGACUCUCUGGCGUUUCCGGUGGUCGGCGACUCUGUUGGUUGCCUGGGUGAUGUCGUGGAUUCAAGCUGCUCAGGCCGGUGGGAAAGCUGGAGACCAGGACGACGUGUUUGACGAGGAAGCAGACGAGUCGCUUCUGGUACAGCGGGAAUGGCGGAGCCACAUGCAGAGACGAGUCAAAGAAGGUUAUAGAGAUGGAGUAGAUGCUGGUAAAGCAGUUGCUCUUCAACAGGGCUUCAAUCAAGGCUAUAAGGAAGGUGCAGAAGUCAUUAUGAACUAUGGACAACUCAGAGGAACAUUGAGCGCUCUGCUCUCCUGGUGUCACCUUCAUGAUAAUAGUUCAACUCUGAUCAGUAAGAUAAAUAAUCUCCUGGAUGCAGUGAGCCAGUGUGAAGAAUAUGUGCUCGCGCAUCUGAAAUCAGUCCCUCCCCAGCCCAAUGUUGGAGAUUUAUUGGACUCCAUUGAGGAUAUGGACCUUUGUCAUGUAGUUCCAGCUGAGAAGAUGGAUGAAGCUAAAGAUGAAAGACUCUAUGAAAAUAAUGCUGAGUUUAACAAAAACUGUGGCAACAGUCCUAGCAGGGCAGAUUGUUCAUAUUUAGAAGGCUGCAGAACACAAGAACCUGCACAUUCUGCAAACCCAAUCCUCCCCUGGAUUUUAGAACAGACAGCCAGUUUAGUUACACAGCUGGGAAUCUCAGUUGACGUAUUACAGCACCUCAAACAACUUUGAAAAUUAUCUUCCCUGAAAGCAAUGUUCAGAAUAUUUCUUAGACUACUUUGUUUCCUAAUGUAUCCAAAAUCUGUACUGGGUUCUACAUUGAAUACUUUGCCUGUAGUUGUCCUUCAUGAAGUUUGAAAUGUCUCCACUAUGAACACUAUUAAAUGUAAUAUAAACCACUUUA